GACAUAUGACCCUUUAUGACGUAUGCGGAUAUAAUGUAGGAUGUUGGCAUUGUCCAUGAUGUCUGUGAUAAACAAGAGGGUUUUCCCACAGAUAGCCCUAAGAGCUGAAGUGCAGGAGUAUCUUCACCAUGUCUACACGAAUAAAGAGCUUGUGUCUGAACUCGGAAAGGAGGAGGCAGAGAGAGUGUUUGAUUUUCUUCUCUCCUGUCUGUCUCACCCGCCGUCACUCACCUGCCUGAGGGCCAGCACACACAUACACAGUCUACAGGAUAUUCAACACAGGCUGGAGCAGCACCUUGUACAGCAGCAAGUGAGCAGGGGUUCCGGUGAUGAGGGUUCUACUCCCAUCCUUUUUCACCCACAGAUUCCAGAUGUGCUGCUGCUGCCGGUCAGAGGCCCGAGGGAUGUGAGCAUGCUGAACGCUGAAGUGACCGUCGGAGCACAGUGUGGCAGCGCGGUACUUAGAGGAGCUAAUGUCUUUGCUCCUGGUGUCCUUGGUGCGCCCAAAUUUAUGAAGACAGGUGACGUAGUGUCCGUGUUCUCGGAUGUGGAGGGCAGGUGCACACGAGGAGCUAAAGAGUUCCAGGGAAAGAAGGUUUUCCUCGGGAAUGGCGUGUGUAUGAUGAACCGGUCUGAAAUAUUUUGCGCGGAAGGACCAGUGAGAGGUGUGGCCAUUAGAAUGCUGGACGCUCUUUUUGAAAGCCCGUCCUUUGACGGUGUGCUGCCAAAUGAGGUGUUCCUGCAGAACCUUCCAUCGGUGGUUGUGGGCCAUGUUUUAGGACCUCGUCCUGGCGAGAGGAUUUUGGAUAUGUGUGCGGCUCCUGGAGGAAAGACUACACACAUAGCUGCUCUCAUGGCGGAUCAGGGAGUGGUAGUGGCUUUGGACAAGAUCAAAUCCAAAGUUGAGAAGAUCAUUGAGAAUGCUCGCACUCUGCAGCUGAGCUGCAUUAAGGCACACUGUUACAACGGUAUACAAGCCGUCUGCUCUGAUCUUACCUCCAACUCUAGUGCAGCAGACACUCCUCCUUUCCCAGAAGAGAGUUUUGAUCGGAUAUUAUUAGAUGCUCCAUGCAGUGGGCUGGGACAGAGACCUAACAUGGCAAUCAAUUACAGUCUUAAGGAAGUGUGUUCAUACCAGCCUUUACAGAGGAAACUCUUCCGCACGGCUGUGCAACUCUUGAAAAAAGGAGGUGUGUUGGUGUAUAGUACCUGCACUGUAACACUUGCUGAAAAUGAAGAGCAGGUGGCCUGGGCAUUGAAAACGUUCCCGUGUUUAACUCUGGAGCCACAGGAGCCACACCUUGGAUCAAAAGGCAUGCCUGGAGCUGAAUUAUCAUGUGACCAGCUGAGGCUGCUGCAAAGGUUCCGUCCAGAACUUUCAUGGCACGGAGCUACCGACAGUCACACCUCCGACGACCUCCUGCCGAAAGCCAACACAGACACUAUCGGGUUUUUCAUAGCAAAAUUCAGCAAGAGAUAACGCACCAUCACUCUAACACGUGUUCGUGAAGCAGCUCACGAACGCAGAUGGAAAAGAGUUCCAGGGCAGGGAGGGAGGGAGGGAGGGGUGAAAGAGACGGCAUGAAUGGAGGGGAGAGAAGGGGUGGUGCCAUGCGUAGUUCUGCUUCCGUUGCCAUGACAACAGUGACGCAACGGCUGCUAUGGUGAUAGUUGGGUUUGCGUGACCAUUGGACUGUGACCAGGAAGCAGCAUGCAGCCAGAGGACACGAUGGUAUUGACAAUUUCUCACACAUACACCGAAUGACUGGCGGCUGAAUUUGUUAAUCAACAGAUGUGAUCACUAAGAGGUUUUUUUUUUUUUUUAAAAAAGGAGAAGCAAUAAUUUUUUCCAAACUGAUAAAAUAAUAUUCAGGAGCUUUACAUUUGGAAAUAAACACUUUUUAAAUAUUUUAUAUUAACAUAUUUUUUUAAUUAUAACUGUUUACAAAUAAAUGCUUUGAAAUGAGUGGAUUUUAUGCUAAUUUUAGAUACUUACUUAUGGAAAUCUGACACUAGAUGAUUAAGUGCUUAAAUGGUCAGUCAAUAAAGUAAGUAGAUUAAAUUGAUCUCUUGUCUAAAGAAUUUUACACCCUGAGAAAAGUUCAUGUGGAUCC